AACACAACAAAGAAUCAGUCGUACCGACGUACCCGCUCGGAACACACGCCGCUUCGCGACAGUCUUCGAGUUAUUUGAUUGAAUUAAAACUUUUUAUUGAAGUAAACGAAGAGUUAAUUGAAGUAAUAUUUACUAAGUAUUAAAAGAAGUUUGUCAAGAUGUUUUCAACGAGGAGGAGUGUGGACAAGAUUCUGCAGAUGUACAAGAAUGAGAUCAGAAGAAACAUCAGCAAGACGACUAGUGUGACUAAUUCUGACGCGAUGGUGCCGAGACUGGACCAGCAGGUGACAGUCCAGCAAAACGAAGAAUCAACUGUGCAGAAGAAACUAUUGAAGUUGCAGAAAUAUCACAGACAAUUGUCGACCUUGACGGGGCAACAGAUGCCGAUGGCCGCGCGCGGCCUGGCGGUAUCCAAAGCCGAGUCCAGGGAGUUCAUGGCGUGCUUCCCGGACCUCAUCAGGGACCUGACCGAGACCGGCAAGCACAAUGACGUGCCGCAAGCUACUAAGUGGCUGGCUAAGCUGUUGCAAUACAACGUCCCUAAUGGCAAGAAGAACCGCGGUCUGGCCACCGUCUUAGCGUAUAAAAUGCUAGAGAAACCUGAGAACCUGACUCCGGAGAACAUCCACUUGGCCAAUAUUAUGGGAUGGUGCACUGAAAUGUUUCACACCAAUCAACUUCUCCUGAACGAUAUGAUGGAAGGGACCGAAAUGCGUCGUGGCGUUCCCUGCUGGUACAAAAGACCAGACGUGGGAAUGUCGGGCGUCAACGAUGCCAUGCUGAUUCUAUGUGCUAUGUACACCACACUGAAGCGCAAUUUCCAGCACAAGUCUUAUUACAAGAAUGUUGUUGAAAUGUACAAUGAGAUGUUGGUAAAAUGCGCGUUGGGCCAAUAUUUGCAACAGUCUAUGACCAAAACUGACAAGCCAGAUUUGUCCCAGUUCACAAUGGAGAACUACACAACAAUUACAAAGUAUAGAAGCGCUUAUUACACUUUCCAAAUGCCCGUGAGCCUAGCUCUUCUCAUGACUGGCGUAGAUGACGUGGAGACACAUAGGCAGGCGAAAAAUAUACUCUUGGAAAUGGGAGAAUUCUUCCAAAUUCAGGACGACUUCUUGGAUUGCUUCGGAGACCCGCAAGUCACUGGUAAAAAUGGCACUGACAUUCAAGACGGCAAAUGUACUUGGUUAGCGGUCGUCGCCCUUCAAAGGGCCACACCGGCUCAAAAGCAAAUUAUGGAAAACCACUACGCUAGCGCCAACCCUGAUGAUGUAGCCAGAAUCAAAGAUCUUUACGAAGAACUGCAACUGCCUCACACAUUCUCAGUGUUCGAAGAAGCUACAUACGACCUUAUUAGAACUCAAAUCCAACAAGUUACCAGAGGACUUCCACACGAUUUAUUCUUCAAAAUUCUCGACAAUAUUUUCCGACGAAACGUCUAAUUUAUUUGUUAAGUUUAUCAUAGACUAAGAACAUAGUUUUUUUAAGUAAAAAUUAAAAAAUAUCGUGCAAUUUGAGUGUUAUUUGCAAAUUAGGUGUGGUGUGUAUUUUGUACUUUUUAAUUGUAAUGCACAUGUAACAACUCAAUUUGUUCUGAUUUUGUUACCUUUUAUGUUUCAAGGUGAUAAUAUGUUUAUUUAAAAUAUAUAGAACUUAGGUCCACAUGCAGUGCGUUAAUAUAAUUUGUAAAAAAUCCUAAUAAAAGUGUUUAGCGUAGCAUAA